AUGGCCCAGACACCCCACAAGUCCAGUGGUACCCCAAGGCCGCGCGACCCCAGGCGGGGAGAGGGGGCCCCCGCCACGGUGGGUGAGGCCCGGGCAGGUGGGGACACGGUGCUGCGUCGCCUACUGAGGCUGCACCGCACUGAGAUCGCCAUGGCUGUGGACAGCGCCUUCCCGCUGCUGCACGCGCUGGCCGACCACGACGUGGUCCCCGAGGACAAGUUCCAGGAGACCCUGCGUCUAAAGGAGAAGGAAGGCUGCCCGCAGGCCUUCCACGCGCUCCUUUCGUGGCUCUUGACCCAAGACACAGCUGCCAUCCUGGACUUCUGGAAGGUUCUCUUUAAGGACUACAAUCUGGAGAGAUAUGCCCGGCUGCAGCCCAUCCUAGACUGCUUCCCCAAAGACAUUGACCUCAGCCAGCCCCGGAAGGGGAGGAGGCCCCCUACGGCCCUGCUGCCCAGACCUCCCUCCAAGAGGAAGGCCCUGGAGGAGCUCAGGGCCACCCCACCUGCGCCGCUGUCUCCGAGGGGCACCCCCAGCCCAGGCGCCCAGGCGAAGGCCAAGUCCUCCAAGAAGCCUGAGAACAACGCAGAGCCGCAGCGCCCCCCGCUGGGGAAUGGAAUUCAGUCCAUGUCCACUUCUGUCCAGAGAGCCGUGGCCGUGACAUCUGGAGAUGUCCCCGGAGCCCGCGGGGCAGUGGAGGGGAUCCUCAUCCAGCAGGUGUUUGAGUCAGGCGGCUCCAAGAAGUGCAUCCAGGUUGGGGGGGAGUUUUUUACUCCUAACAAGUUCGAAGACCCCAGUGGGGGGAAGAACAAGACGCGCAGCGGUGGCCUGAAGACCCUGGUCCGAGCCAAGGGGACCCAGGCUCCUGCCCCUGGUGGAGGUGACCCCCUGAGAGCAGGCCACCAGGGCAAGGUGCAGGCCCCGCCCGCUCUCCCCAGCGAGCCCCAGCUCCACCAGAAGAAUGAGGAUGAGUGUGCCGUGUGCCAGGACGGCGGGGAGCUCAUCUGCUGUGACGGCUGUCCCCGGGCCUUCCACCUGGCCUGCCUGUCUCCGCCGCUGCGGGAGAUUCCCAGUGGGACCUGGAGGUGCUACAGUUGUCUCCAGGGAGGAGCCCAGAGGGUCCCGCCGCAGGCCGAGGAGCCCCCGCCCCAGGAGCCGCCCGUGGAGACCCCGGUCCUCCUGGGACUGAGGCUGGUGGGAGCAGAGGCCAAGGGACUGUCCAGGGAGUCCCCAGCCGGGAGAGACGCUGCGGGCCCCUGCAAGCACCUGCUGGCCACACCUUGUGCAGCCCCCUUGCCGGUGCUGGACCCCUCAGCUCUGCGCCCCCUACUGUGUGGGGUCCCUGAGGGGCAGCAGGGCCCGGCUGGUGCGCGGUGUGGCAUGUGCGGCGAAGGCGCAGACACGCUGCGGUGCGCGCACUGCGCCGCCGCCUUCCACUGGCGCUGCCACUUCCCCGGGGGCACAGCGCGGCCCGGGGCGGUCCCGCGCUGCCGAUCCUGCUCCGGAGACGCCACCCAGGCUCCCGAGGAGGGCGCGCCCGCCCCCACCCCGGCCCGCGCGCCGCCCGGGCCUGCCAAGGCAGGGGACAGUUCUGCGGGUCACGAGCCGGUUGUGCACAGGGAUGACCUGGAGUCCCUCCUAAGCGAGCACUCCUUCGACGGCAUCCUGCAGUGGGCCAUCCAGAGCAUGUCCCGCCCGCUGGCCGAGGCGCCCACCUUCCCCUCCUGAUCCAGGCCUGCGUGGGUCUGCGGGG